AUGGGUCUUGUUGAAGCCUUAAGUGAUGCCAUACUUACCCCUUCUGCGAUUGGGGCACUGGCAGUGACCUUGUUCAUGCUGUAUUAUGUGGUCCCAUUUACGAUUGACCCGCUUGGCCUCAACAAAUAUCCUGGUCCUCUUCUGGCGCACUUCUCCCAUCUCUGGUCAUUGAUACAGGCUCGAAGGCAUCGGCUUUCCCAAUCUGUCUAUGAUCUUCAUUUGAAGCACGGAGACUUUGUGCGCCUCUCCCCUAAUGAAGUUAGCAUAGCACAUCCAGAUAGUAUUAAGCAUAUUUUGGGCCACGGGAAUGGUUUCAUGAAGUCCAACUUCUACUACGCAUUCGACAACAUCGAGCAGGGGAUCUUUACCACCAGGGAUCGUGCCGCCCAUAGUCGCAAGCGCAAGUAUGUGGCUCAUAUGUUCAGUCCCAAAGCCAUGGUUCAAUUCGAACCAUACAUAACCUCUGCCCUAAGCACGUUUGGGCAUCAGAUGGAGAGUUUGAUCGAUUCCGGAAAGGCGGGUGCAUAUACUACCCUUACGAUGUGUAAUCCAGAUAUUCGGUCACGGGCACAGCCCGGGGAGGCCGGUUUAGACGCUGCAACGUGGGCUGCAUUUUUGGCUUUUGAUAUUAUUGGUGAUUUGGCUUUUGGUGAACCGUUUGGAUUCACGGCAGCUGGUAACGAUUCGAAUAGUGGAAUUAGAAAGCUUCGUGAUCGUGGAGAAUGGUGUGCGACGGUUGGACAGAUGCCUUGGAUCAAGACAUGGACCCCUUACUUUUUCUUCGACAGAUUCUUCACCACUGGUCUCCGAGCUGCUCGAGGGCUGGCUUCGAUGGGAAUUGCUUGCGUAGAAAAACGAAAGAAAGCCUCAGUGGACCCGAACAGGAAAGAUAUCUUAUAUUAUCUCCUAUCGGCCAAAGACCCAGAUACCGGAGGCGACCUGCCCGACCGAGAAGUCAAGGCUGAGGCAUUGACACAGCUUAUUGCAGGCAGCGAUACCACUGGAAAUACAAUCACUCAUGUCAUCGACAUGUUACUGCGCCAUCCUGACAAGUAUAAGAAACUACAGGAAGAGCUUGAUCAGGCAUACCCUCAUCCCCUUCCUUCAGGUCAUGUUGCCAUGUUCAACGACUGCAAGAAUUUACCCUAUACCGAGGCUGUCAUUUACGAAACUCUUCGCUUGCGAACCACUGUCUCUGUAGGAUUACCCAGGGUAGUACCGUCAGAGGGUGCAACAGUUUGCGGGAAGUUCUUCCGCGGCGGCACCGUUCUUUCAACGCCUACAUACACCACCCAUCGUGACAUGCGCGUUUGGGGCCCCGAUGCCUUGGAAUUUCAUCCUGAGCGCUGGCUUGGUCCCAACCGGGCAGAGCUGGAGAAUAAUUUCCUGGGCUUCAGUUAUGGGCCACGAGCUUGUAUUGGCCGAAACGUUGCGUUUAUGGAACUCAAGAAAACCGUGGCGACAAUUUUCAGACGUUUCGAUUACCGUCAUAUCUACCCUGAGAAAGAAAGCUACAUCCGUGAAGGAUUUCAUCUGAAAUGUCAGAAGCUUCCUGUGUUUAUUUCUCGGAGGAAAGAGUGA